GAUUUCCAUAGCGGAAAUAUAUUAUUAGAUGUAUUUCAAUGGAAAAUUGGGGAUCUGGGAUUAUCACAAUCUGAAAAUAGUGAAUCAUCAAAUAAUGAAAUAUAUGGAGUUAUACCUUAUAUUGCACCAGAAAUAUUUAAAGGGUCUGCAUUUUCUAAAGAAGCUGAUAUAUAUAGUUUGGGUAUGAUCAUGUGGGAAAUUACAGCAGGUUGUAAACCUUUUGCUAAUGUUAAGCAUGAUAUUCAUCUUAUUUAUAAAAUUCUUGAUGGAGAACGUCCUAAUAUUACAGAAGAUACACCAGAAUGUUAUGCUAAUUUAAUGAAAAGUUGUUGGGAUCCUGAUCCCCAAAAAAGACCACCAAUAAAAGAAAUUUAUUUAGCUCUUAAUUCUUGGUUUCGUGAAGGUAUAAAUGAAACAGAAUUUGAACAAGCUGAAGCAAAAAGAAAAAGACUGAUAGAAUCAAAGAAGAUUGGUCCUGAAUUUGCUGAAAAAUGUCACCCAGAAGCUAUUUAUACAAGUAGGCCAUUAAGUGCUUUAAUUUCUAAAUGUUUAUCCACAAAUUCAUCAUCAACAAUUUCAUUCGGUAAGAAACAAGAUUAUAAUUACAAUUAUAUUUCGAAAGAAAAAGAGCUUGAUAUAGAUAUUAAAGGUUUAUCAUCACAAAAUAUAACAAUUCAAAAUUCCUCAACCUCUUUAAAAAAGCGAAACCAGGAAGAAUUAAAUCUUGAAACCCAAGAAAAUAUUGUUUAUUUUUUUAAAUUUAAAAUGUUUAAAGUAGGAAAACGUAUUAAAA